AUGCGCAUUCAUGGUGAUCUUGUUGGAGAAAACAAAACAAUGUUUGGUGAGGCUUGUUUAAAAGUGAUCAAGGCCCGUAAUGAUAAAUUUCCUGUUGGCGCACUUGUCCUUGCACUUAGUGGAUGGCAAACUCAUUAUUUAUCAAAAGAUGGUAAAGAUCUUAGACCAAUUCCAUUCGAUUUAGAUACUCUUUCACCAUCGGUUUCACUCGGUGUACUUGGUAUGCCAGGAUUAACAUCUUAUUUUGGUCUUCGUCUAUUAGAAGCAAAAGCAGGUGAAGUUUGUGUUGUGAAUGGAGCUGCUGGAGCAGUUGGAUCUCUCCUUGGUCAAUUAGCUAAACUUAAAGGUUUAAUUGUAAUUGGUUUUGCUGGUUCGGAUGAGAAAUGUCAUUGGUUAACAAAAGACCUUAAAUUUGAUUAUGCAUUUAAUUAUAAGAAAAUUUCAGUUGAUGAUGCUUUAAAACAAGCUGCACCAAAAGGAGUUGAUGUUUUUUUUGAUAAUGUUGGUGGUCAAUUUUUUCAUGAUAUGAUUACCAAACAUAUGGCUCGUUUUGGACGUAUUGUUAUUUGUGGUGCAAUAUCAACCUAUAAUGAUGCAGAAAUACCGAAAUUUCCACAAACUCAUCUUCAGAUUCUUGCGAAUGAAUUGACUAUUCGUGGUCUUAUGGUAAUGUCGUAUGAUAAAGAAUUUGAUACAGCUUUGAAUGAAAUGGCUCCUUUAAUUAAGAAGGGUGAUCUGAAAUUUAAAGAAACUUUAUACGAAGGUUUUGAAAAGAUGCCUGAAGCAUUUGUUGGACUGUUUAAAGGUGAAAAUAUUGGUAAAGCUAUUGUUAAAGCAAGCAAUUAUCCAUAA